AAGCAGUCCGCAGGGAGUACCGGGAGAAUGUGUUCAUUCGUGAGAGUGGGGUCCCCCAAAGCUUUGCAGACUCCAGCUUCCCCGUUAGAGAUGAGUUCCCUGGGAAGUACAAGGGAACCUGAAGUCACGGAGGUCGGAGUCACCCAAGUACAAAAGGACGAUUUCAGAGACAGGAUACUUAAGGGAUCAAAAUCUCCCAAGGAGCUGGGGUUCGAAAUAGGACUAGGACAAGAUCGAAGACGGAGGGAGAGAAUGGCAUCAGAAACAAAAUCGCCACCUUGCCAGGCCCCUGGUGUAGGAUUAGAGAGCCACACCGUUUCUAGGACGCCCAUGGAGAAGGGUAAUUUAGGACUCCACAGAGGCUCCAUCUUUCAGGAAUCAAAACCUCUGGAUAUUUUACCAGGAACAGUGGGAUCAGAACACAAGGGCCUUCCAACUCGGCUUCCCCAUGAAGGGACACUACAGCCUCCUUUGAGCACAGUGUAUUCAAGUCCACAGGCCGCGGGGAGCACAGGGGGGCCUGUGGCCAGCGGAUCUGCCCCGACGGAUGCUGUAGAGGAAAAGCAGGCUGAUGUAGGUUUGGAUGUCAGAAAACAGAAGAAAGAGCCCACCUGUGUUGUGGUGAACCCCUACAGGGAGACACCUCCUGAGGGUGUCGACAUCGGCUUGCCGCAAACCCAGGAACCAGGAGAAGCCAAGAUCGCAGAGCCUCAAAUAGGCUUAGUAACAGAACUUUCUGAGUGUCCAUUUGUGCAACCACCUGAAGAGAAAAAGGAGCCCACAACCACGGAACCUGGAGUGGAGCCUCCAACCCACAUCAGACCCAUAUAUUCUGGGAAAUUCUUUGAUCGGAUGCCUUGCUGGCCAAGCGCAGGAAAAGUUAAGCCAGUUGGAUACAGAGUUGCAACCUGCUUGACUGAAAAGCUUCCCAGGCUUAUUACUCCCCCAUCAGCAAAGAAGUAUUACAACUUCAGAUAUCCACCUCCCGGAGAAGAAAGAGUAUUUUAUGGCAGAGCAAAGGAUCCCCAAAUUGCACCUUAUUUGACACACGGAAUAAGAUCUAAAAUUUCAGUACCGAUGAGCGCCUUGGUAAACCCACAGCCCCUUACCACGUUUCAACAGAAAAUUAAAGACAAAAAAGAAUCCAUAUAUCUUAGCAAUCAACGAGCACCAUUGGAAAAAUCUCAUGAUCAAACACCAGGAUUGCCUAAAGGACUGGAUGUAACCAAUACAACAUUUGGGACACCAAUUAUCAGAGAACUGACUGCUCGUGACACUGUGAAUCCACCAAAAUCCUUUGAGGACGUGUUUAAAGAAGGAGAGGAAGGACACAAUUUGUACAUUGUCUCUCACCAUGAUUACUUCGCAGGAGAAGCAAAGAACCGAAAGUAUAACCCAGCAAGUUUCCAUAGGUUUAAUUUAUAUGGAGUGCCAACACCGCAUUUUAAUGAUGGACGCACCAUGGCCAAAACUUUACAUUGGCACCAUGAACUACAAAUGAAAAGAGGAGCUAAAAUUGUAUCCAAAAGAGUUGAUGACUUCAAAGAAAAGUUUCAACACAAACUUGGAAGAGUUUUAGACCCCAUUGCAGAAACUAUGAGCAUUCCCCCAGGCCACACAUUUGGAGCUUGCCUCAAGCCUGAGGAAUAUGGAGUUGGCGAUCUCAUCCAUUACCGAGUCCCAGGUGAAUAUCUUCGUGGGAAGGACCGCCAGAGAGCCCUGAUCACAGCUGCUCGCCACCACUUGAAGAAAUUUAAUUACCAGCACUUUGACACUUUGCUGUUGGCUUUCAGGCACUAUGACAAGAAAGGAGAUGGUAUGAUUGACAGAGAAGAACUGCAUGAAGCUUGUAACCAGGCCAACCUGCAUCUAGACAAGAUGCUCCUGGACCAGCUGUUUGACUACUGUGACGUGGAUCAGGAUGGCCUGAUUAACUACUUGGAAUUUGCCAAUUUCCUUAACUGGAAAGACAAAGUGCCCCUCAAAGAGUACGAGAAGAGGGUCAUUAUUAAAGGUAGAAAACAAAACUGUGAAAACAUUACUGAGACCAGCAUGAGGGAAGUUGAACCAACUCUUCUGAUAAAGCCUGAAGAUAUCGUUCCAAAAGAACCAGGAAGUUCAGAAGAGACACUCCGGAUGCUCUUGAGACCAAGUGACAAAGUGUCUAACUACUAUAAGACAUCUUCUUCUGACAUCAAUGCGGCUGUUGGAGCUGUUCCUGCUAUAUGUUACCCCAUAUAUGGUGUUCCAACCAUUCGAUCUGACAUUCCUGCUCCCCGGACUUGUCGAAUCAGUGACAGGAAUAAUUAUGGUGAAGAGGGUAAUGCUUACUCGCUGCUGCACCCCUCCAUUUUCUCCCGGAAAGGUGUAUUUGAGAGGGACUUCUUCAAGACCAGAUCAAAGGAAGAGAUUUCAGAUAUAUUAACUAACAUUGGAGUAAAGCUUUCUGAAGAAGAGUUUGAAAAUGUAUGGAAUCUCGCAUCGAAGAAACACCGGAGAGGAGAAGUUUGUGUUGAGACCAUCAGGAACGUUCUAGAUGAGCUGCUGCAUGCAGAACGAGCCAAGUGUAAAACAGUCAUGUGAUAUUUUGGGAACUUACACAUUUAAGCAAAAUAGAUUAAA